GGACGUGAGACACAGAGAAGGAGCAAGCAACAGCCCACCUGCGUUCAGCUUCGUUUGUUCUGGCUCCUGAAAGGACAACACUACAUUAACAAGAGGACUGCUGACAGCCCUGAGCUGAUAAUGCAUUUCACUCCUUAGGGAGACAAAGUGAUGAGAAGAUAAAAGUGGAAUCACUAGAAGAGGGAUACACAUUGCACCGGAGCUUACAGUGAACCUCCAAAUAAAAAACUACAUUCCUAUGAGAUGGAGCCAGUCCCUAUGGUGUGGCACACCCAGGUGGUCCCAGUGUACGGUGACCUAGAAAGGGCGAGUUCGCAACCCGAGUGCUCCAUCUGUUUUAACACCUAUGACAAUGUCUUCAAAACACCCAAACAGCUGGACUGCACUCACACUUUCUGCCUUGAGUGCAUUUCCCGAAUCAUGGCCACCUCAAUGGACCCCCAAAACUCCCAGAUCUCCUGUCCUUUUUGCCGCCAUCACACCACCAUCCCAAAAAAGGGUCCCCCGGCUCUGACCACCAGCCAGGAGGUGCUGUGCCGUCUCCCCGUCCACCAGCAACGCGAGGAGCAGGUAUGGCUUGAUGGAGAGAAGUUGUGCUACCAGCGACCCAUAGAUAAGCCUGGCACGCAAGCGUUCUGUAUUUGCGUCGAUAUUGGGACCAAUGGACAAGGUCUUGCUGCUUCUCCUCCUCAGACUCAAAGGAGACUUGGGUUUCUGGAGAGGCUGAUGGACUGGAAGCGACUGCUGCUUUUUAUUUCCCUCAUGGUAUUACUCAUGGUGAUCAUUUUGUGGCCCUUACAGUGCAUCGUCACGACCGGGACUAUGCGUUGUACUCCCCAGGUCCCACGGCCAUCCACUACCACCGUCUCCACCACCACAACGACCACAAUGGCUACAACGCAUCAGUAAAAUAGACAUAAAGAGAUGCUUUUGGACUUGCAUCAGGAUUUGCAAUGUUUACAUAGCUCUUUGCAAAGCCUGUUGGGUGCUAAGGGAGUUAGGGUGCGGUCGCACUACUUUGCGCUCCAUUCGUUCACUAAGAAUAUGGAUUAAAAUAUGACCAAGAUUUGCAUACCUGCUGUAUUAAUCCUACUGCAGAUGUAAAUGGGUUUGAGUUUUGGCAGAUGCUGUAAUGCAAUGCAAUAUAAACGUAAUGCACUGUCUGGCUUCACACUGAUAGGUACAUUAUCUGUUUGCCUACUUCUUUGGCCAAGACGUGGCAAAAUCACUAAAGAUGCAACUAGAAAGUCAGAAAGUUCAAAUGAAGAAACUGAACCACGCAUUAGGGGGCGCUGUGAUUCAUGUCACUGCCACAUUCGGAUUGUAUUCAGGUCCUCACAAGGCACCCAAUUUUGAAUGUGAUCCAUUGUGCUGUCGUUCAUCCAUGCACUUAGAGGACUUUGUUCAAAAAAAAAGUAUUUCUGAAUGAGGCCGUGAUUAAGCUGAUUUGGUAUUUGAUGAACAUGCAAUACGUGCCGAGAGCAUUCAAAGAGGUGGCGUUUAGCGGCUUCUGCAUCCAAGCAAUUUUUAAAGACGUUACUUAAACUUUUUUACUUUUACUUUUGUAUAUUUGUGUACAUUACAUUUGACUGUAUUUUAUGAAAUGUAUUCUUUUUUUAUAAACAAUAAAUGACUGUUGCUGCAAAAAGCA